AUGUUCAAAGGCAGACCAGUGGCGUGCUUCAGCGAGCCUGCUGGAAAGAUCUCCGGAUGCAAGUGCAUGUCAUUUGGUGCUUCUCCGACUCUUGUGGCUUGCAAUGCCCACUGCGAUGCUUGCGCCGGAGCAAGACGCUGGCCCAGAGCACUAAUGCAGCUGCAUGCCACGUCUUGGCUUGCUCUGCAACCCAAUCUUGUCACCUUCAACUCUGCCCUUGCAGGGUGUGAGAAGGGCUACGAAUGGGAGCACGGCCUGGUUCUUUUGGCAUCGAUGGAGAGAGCACAUUUGCAAGCUGAGAUGAUCAGCUUUAGCUCCGCCAUCAGUGCCUGUGAGAAGAGAGGGCAAUGGGCAAUGGCAAUGCACUUGCUGCAGAGGAUGCACAUGAGGCGCUUGCGAGCAGAUGCAGUGGCCAUGUGUGCUGCCAUGAGUGCCUGCGAGAAGGCUGGCCAGUGGGAGAUAGCGUUGGCACUGCUUGAGCCAACCUUGGAGUGUGCGCAGACUUCCUUGGACUUUGGCUGCGCCUUUUCUGCUGUGUUGGGUGCCGCAGAACGUGGGAUGGCAUGGUGGAUGGCUUUGGCGCUCCUGAACAAUGCAGUAGAGAUGCGUGUGAGUGCAUCAGGCAUGUAUGCAGGGACAGUGGCCAGUGCUUUGCGUAAAGCCUUUGGAGACCAAAGAGCGAUUGACUUCUUGAAAUCCUCAAGAUCGCUUUGGCAGCAGGGUCCAUGUCAGGCCAGUAGAGAAUAUCCAGAAAGCACUCAAGGUGUGCACAUCCUUGGAGAAGCACCUGGAAUCGUCGUCCUUUUGAAAGAGGCAGACGUGCGCACGGAGGCACUUGUGAAUGCAGCAAGCAGCAAGCUGAAAGAGGAGCUUUUCGUGGUGUCCCGACUGGACAGGCCAACAUCUGGCCUAUUGCCUUUGGCGAGGAAUGUUCCAGCAAUGAAUUGGCUACAGGCCCAGUUUUCUGCUCGACUUGUGCAGAAGGAAUAUGUUUGCCUAUGCGAGGGGGAGUCCUUGGGGAAGAUAGGUACACGUGGAAGUAUUGAGGAGCCGCUGCAUGCAUGGAUUUGGCCUGGCGAAGUUGGCAGGACGGAAGUUGCUCCUUUCGGCCGGGAAGCCAUCACACAGUACCAGGUAGAUGGGCGCUUCGGUGAUGGAAGAGGCGAAGGUUCACCGCUGGAAUUGAUGCUACUCUCAGUGCAUCCGAAGACAGGGCGAAUGCACCAAAUUCGAGCACACCUUGCAAGCACAGGACGCCCAAUCGUUGGCGAUGUGAUUUAUGGACCAAGUCAAUUUGCAGUUCAGAGUGAUCGCAUGUUUUUGCACUGCCGACGUCUGUGCUUGCUGGACCUAGAGGCAAAGCCAUUUGAAAUUGUGGCCGAUUUGCCGCAGGGGCUGCAGGAGCUGCUGCAGCACUUGCAGCCGAAGUCUGAAGGGGAGGCUGGUUGA